AUGGCCAGGAAUCGCGAUGAGGCAGGCACACGAUACCAAUACGCCGAUGAACAUCUGCGAGACGACCGAGAGAGCAGGCAUCACCGCCGUCAUAGAAGUCGCGACUACGACGACGACGAGUACGCCGCAAAGCGAGAACGCAGAGAACGUCGCCGAGCAGAGGAGGCAAGGCACGAGGCAGAGGUCGAUCUCGCUGACUUGAGGGCGCGGCGGGCGAGCUACUACGCAAGGCCUGGGAGCGACCGGUAUCGCGACCAGGAUCGUAUGGCACAGGAUAUCAGGGUGGAGAGCGUCAAGGAACCCCGCAGCAGCCAUCGAGAGUUGAGGAGAGAUGGCACGCGCAAAUCAAAGAAGAAGAAGGAGGUGAUCGAAGUCGACAGGGACGACGACUAUGUGUAUGGCCGGCCAAAGUCGAACGAGGUCAGAAGAUCUUCAGGGCGUAAGAGAAGCGACGAAGGCGGGUCCUCAAGUCGGACUGCCUACACACCGCGGUCCGGCUCCGGCUCCUCGCGCCGGGUCGAAGAACCAAAACUCAGCAGGAGCGUCUCUGCGCGGGAGCCAAGCAGCAGAUACAUGCCGGCAAGAUCUGAUCGACGUCCCAGUGCCGUCAAGCUAUCUGCUGUUCCUGUUGCUGCCCCUGUGCUGAGAUCGUACUCUACUAGAGAGCAGCCUAGUCGCAGAAACUCUGGAGGCAUUUUCUCCACAUUCUUUAGAGCAGGACCAAAAUCACCGCCUAUCAAGGAAGUUCAAAGGGUUGAUUGCCUUGUCUGCAUGAAUGAUGAUCUGCCCAUUAACAAGACAGCAAAGCUGGCCUGCGGUCAUCGCAUGUGUCACUCGUGCCUGAAGCGUCAGUUUACUCUAUCCGUCCAGGACCCUCAGCACAUGCCCCCGCGAUGCUGUACCAAAGAGCAUAUCCCACUGAAAUACGCCGAGCGUCUAUUCGACGAUAAGUUCAAGAGACUAUGGAACCAGAAGUAUGAAGAAUACACGGCUGCGAACAGGCUCUACUGUCCUGCGAAAGGCUGUGGCGAAUGGAUCAAGCCGAGCAAGAUCCGUGUCGACUUGACUUCAGGAAGAAAAUAUGCCCGUUGUGGUCAAUGCAGCACCAAAGUAUGUGUCCUGUGCAACAGCAAGUAUCACACCAGGAAGGACUGCCCAAAGGAUGAAGAGACUAACCGCCUGGUGCAAAUGGCCAAGGAGAAAGGCUGGCAGAGGUGCUACAAUUGUAGAGCCGUCGUUGAGCUGAAAGAAGGAUGCAAUCACAUGACUUGCCGUUGCACCGCUCAGUUCUGUAUGGUUUGCGCGUUGCCUUGGAAGACAUGCAACUGUCCAUGGUUCGACUACGCGCACAUCCCCGAUGAGGACCGCCUUGACGGUAUGCGCGUACCUCACAGCAGGCACGAAGGCGUAGAAGUCAUCGAACUCGCCGAGGAGCCUUCUCCUCCUCUCGCACGUCGAUCUAGCACACGGACUAGCCGUACUCGACAUCACAGCGAACGCGAUCGUCCACGAGACCGUGCGGACGGAGCUUUGGCUGCUCACUUACAGUCUCAGCGUCACUCACACCUUCCCAACAUCGCAGCAUCAAGCCUUAAUCGCGGCGAUAUCGCAAACGUCGAAGUCUACGGUCUCGGCAACACCGGUGGCCACCACAUGAACGAUUCCUACCAAGUCCGCCCCGUUAUCACCUCUGCUGCACAUAGACCGGUCCAAGUACCUGCUCCUCGCCAAUCCUACUUUACAAGCCGCCGCGUGGUGCGCGAAGCUCCAGCACCGGCUCCAGCGUCUCGACAUGCGACAGCUGAGGCACCUUCAUCGGCUAUGGCUGGCUUGUGCUUGGAUGGAACCAAGCGAGGUGCCAACAGAGUCGGCACCUGGCUCAGCCAUGUCAAGGUGGACCCUGAAGCUACUAACACACAGGCAGAAGGUGUUGAAGUGGAUGAUUGGAGAUGUGAUGGAACGAUGAUUGGCAUUGAUUGA